AUUUUCAAAUUAAAAUUUAUGUUAAUAUAAACGGCUAAGGCAACCUUGUUAGCUGACUGUGAGAGUGUGUGUGUGUGUGUGUGUGUGUUGACAAUGCGGGCCGGCCUUUGGGCCAUAUCUAUGCCACAUGCAGCGCGCAAAUCAAAUAAAUGCAAUGAGCCGCUGCCAAAAGCAAAUCAAACAACAUGAACUGCUGUAGACUACAACAGCUAAUGCUUGGCCUGCUAUUAACCGGAUUGAGCGGUCGUCUGUGGGCGCAGGAGCUGCAACAGGAUGGCAAAAUAGUGAAUGGUACGACGGCCAAACAAGGCGAGUUUCCAUUUGCUCUCUCGUUGCGUCGCGUCAAGUCUGGCAGUCACUCCUGUGGUGCAAGUUUGCUCAACAGCGGCUGGGCAAUGACGGCAGCGCAUUGUGUGCGCGGUGCGACGCCCGCGCAGCUGAAUUUACAAUACGGCAGCAAUAAGUUAAGGCGCAAUGCCACGCAGCUGGCGGCUAUAGCUGCUAUAUAUGUGCAUCCGGACUAUCAGCCGCAGGACAAGCAUAUGAAUGACAUAGCGCUGUUGCAGCUGCAGCUGCCGCUUAACUUCAAUGAGCUAGUGCAGCCAGUGCGCUUGCCACAGCCGCAGCAGCCAACACUAGGCAACACCAGCGUCGUGCUAGUCGGCUGGGGCUUGAAUGCGACUGGCGGCGUAGUGCAGAAGCAUUUGCAGAAGGUGGAACUGCAGGUGUUCAGCGAUGAGGACUGCAGCAAUCGUCAUCAGACUCAACUGUUUGACACGCAGCUGUGUGCCGGCGUGCCGGAGGGUGGCAAGGGUCAGUGCAGCGGCGACUCCGGCGGACCGCUGCUGCUUGCCGGCACGGAUACGCAAGUCGGCAUUGUCUCCUGGAGCAUUAAGCCUUGCACACGUCCACCUUAUCCCGGUGUGUUCACUGAAGUGUCCGCCUAUGUGGAUUGGAUUGUUAAGCUGGUGGGCAGCACAGCGAAGUCCGUGCCCACGUCACAGCUUUGGAUACAGCAGCUGCUGGUGGGACGCCAGCCACCACCAGCAUUGCCAGCAACGCAGUCAUAAUCUCGAACGAUCGCUUGUACUUAAAUGCGUUUUAUUAAUUGACCUAAAGAAACAUUUGUCUAAUACA